AAUAACCAAAGGACCAAAAAUGCACUUGUACAAAAAGUAAACAAGAAAAACAUUUGUUUCCCCUCCGUUUCUCUCUCUAAAUUCGAUCAAAAUCCAAAACCCUUCACCAAAGUCUUUCCCCAUUUAUUCAUCCACAACAAUACAUAUACAUAUAUAUAUAUAUUCACAAUCUAUAUCUAUUUCAGAUCACACCAUUAUUCACCCCUUUUCAUGUCUUCUCUCUGAAUCUACACAAAUCAUGUGUUGUAUACAAUCAUUUCUGCACAUCUGUUUGUAAAGAUUAUUAGAGAGUGAUUGUUUGUUUGUUUGUUUGUUUGUGUGAUUAAGAUGAGUGGGUCUAGGGUUUCCAUUCCGAACAAUGUACGGAAGAUGAUCCAGAACAUUAAGGAGAUCACGGGUAAUCAUAGUGAAGAUGAGAUUUAUGCAAUGCUUAAAGAUUGUUCUAUGGAUCCGAAUGAGACCACCCAGAAGCUCCUUUUGCAGGAUCCAUUUCAUGAAGUUAAGAGGAAGGGGCACCGAAAAAAGGAGAAUGUGACUAAAGAACCUACGGAGCCCAGAUGGAAACCUGGGAUGCAGGGGAGGGGGAAUAGGGGUGGAAGGGGAAACUACUCAUCUCGUCGCAUUCCUAAUGAUGCAGGUGGUGGCCGGGCGUCAGUUUCCGCAAAGGAAAAUGGAAUACGUAAAGGUGCUGAUAACGGUCCAAAUCUGUCAACGGCUCAGGGUCAGAAGAAUAAAGAGACACUUGUGGCUAAAAGCUCUUUGCUUGCUGUAUUUGAUGGAACUGAACAUUUGUCUGUGGGAAGUGAUGAAAAGAAAUCCGAAGUGGUUCCCGUUGUCGAGGCAAUUAAGGGCCCCACUGUUGUCGGGAGUGUACGUGUGCCGCUCAUCUCGAGUACCAUCGACACAUCAGCUUCUAACGCACCGUCACCUUCGGAAGGGUUAUAUUUGUCUGAUAAAGAUCCUAUUCUGAUGCCUUCACAAGAUUCACGGCUCCCUGUGGGUACAAUCAAACGUGAGGUUGGAAGUCAACAAACUCCUGCUGACCAAGUUCAUGAGACCUCCAAUGAGAUCAAAUCAAUUGCAUCUGGUUCGGAGGUUGGAAACUCUUCCGUGCAAGUGAAGGCACCGUCUUCACAUGUCUCAUUUUCCGUUUCCAGGCCUUCGUCAAACUAUAAUAAUCGACUGCAACAAGCAACUGGGCCUCAAAAAGUUGGUCCAAGUAUGGAAUGGAAACCGAAACCGACAAAUCCAACUCUCGCUCAAGGGACCGGUUCAACCGAGUCAAUUAAGCUGCCUGUGGUUGAACCCGAAAGUCAAACUCCAAACCCGUUUGCAGCGUGUGAUCUUGAUUCGAAGGACGCAGUUCACGGGCUGGAGAAGAAGCUAGAGGAAUCACACAUUUCAGAAAAUCAACAUGUUAUUAUUCCAAACCAUCUUCAUGUUCCCGAAGCUGAAAAACUCGGGUUCUACUUCGGGAGUUUCGAUCCUAGUUUCAGCCUUAAUGCGACCUCCUCAAAUGGGCCUGGGCCUGUGAGCGACAAAAGUUCCGAAGCUUCUGAGGUGGUUGAUGAAAGUAUCGACGAGCAGCCCAGAGAUCAAAAUAAUGCAUUGGCAAGUGCUGACGAUGAAGAUCAUCCAUCAUCAUCUAAUAACAUACCCGAGAAUCUAUCAACCGAAGGUGACGUGUCGUCAAAUUCGGGCCCCGAUCACCAUGAAUCCAAACAAGAAACUUCACUCCCAACCGCAAGUCAUCAGUACCCGAUUCUUCAAACAUCUCCUAACUAUAGUUUUGGCUUCAUUCCACCGAUGAUCGGGACCCACCUCUCGUCUUUUGAACCCAACGAGUCUCAUAGUCAUGAUGGUUCUCAAGUCCCAAACUUUGUAGUUCAGCAACCGUUUGACCCAGCAAGCUAUUAUGCUCAGUUUUAUCGUUCUGGUGCAGACGUGGAUGGCCGCAUAUCACCGUUUCAUUCAACCGGGGUUCCAACUAAGUUUAACGCAAAUAUUCCUGUGUUAUCUCCGCAAGCUUCUCAUUCUUCUCAAGAGGUUGGGAACUCACUAAUGUUAUCCGGUGCCGGUCCAACACCAAUAGCCACCACACAAACCGGCGGAUUUAUGCAAACCUCCAUAGCCGUGACUCAACAACCACUACCCGUUUUCAGGCAACCAACCGGGGUUCAUUUACCGCAUUACCCUCCAAAUUACAUCCCAUAUGGACCGUUUUACCCCCCGUUUUACGUACCUCCACCAGCUAUUCACCAAUUUUUGAGUAAUAAUACAUUCCCGCAACAACCUCAAGCUGGUAAUAUGUACCCGGCCCCACCAUUGACUAGCCCUAAAUACCCACUUCCGCAAUACAAAACGGGUGGUAACACAGGGAACCCGGUUAAUAUUGGAAUGCCCGGAAGCUAUGGACCGUAUGGUUUAAAUCCAGCUGGGUAUAAUUCGGGUUCGGCUAAUACAGCUGGCAAUUCAACCCCCGAUGAAGACCUUGGUGGGUCCCAGUUUAAGGAAAGUAACGUCUACAUUACCGGACAGCAGAGUGAAGGUUCGGGUGUAUGGAUGGCUGCACCGGGUCGAGACAUGUCUGGUCCGCAGGCUAAUUCUUUCUAUAACAUUCCUCAAGGCGGUCAAGUUGCGUAUACACCGACACAAGCCAGCCACGGGACUUUCGCUAGUAUUUACCACCACCAUCACCACCACCACCCGGCUCAACCAGUAACCACCAGUGCAGUUCACCCGCUUCUUCAACAGUCCCAAACGCUGGGUGGGCCCGGCGGUGACAUGGGGGGACCCACACCGCAAAUCAACUGGCCUAAUAACUACUGAAAGGAUCAAAGAAAUGAAACCAGCUGAAUACUAGGAGUUAUUAAACAAUCACCAGUUUUAACAAAAGUUAUGGUAUUUGAGAAGAAAUUAGUGAUAAAAAGAUUUAAGAUGAUGAUGAUGAUACAUAAUUGGCUGGAUUCGCGUGUAAAUCAUUCGUAGGAGGCUGGAUUUUUUUCGAUAUAUUUAUCGUUUUCGAGGAUAUAUGUAAAAAAGAAUAUGAUGAAAUCCUCUUGUAACCGUUAAAUGACCAAUUUUUAAAAGUUAGUUGGGCCGGUUUACAAAUUUUUCUCUAUUGAUGUUGCUUGUAAAGUGAAUUUUUAAAGCUAAGAGUGGAUGCAUUUGAGCUGUUGUAAUUGGUA